GUUUGCAGCUGAUCAAUUGGAAAUAAAUCUACUAUGAUAUCAAUAUAUUAUGUAGGGGUGAAUUAAAUCAACAAUAUUUUCUAAAAUGAUUUAGUUUUACAACUAUGCUUUGACAUGAUGCAGUCUACUCAAUAUCAAUAUCAAUAUAUAUAUAUAUAGCUCUUGCAGAUGGUUAUUGUAUGUCUGCAAUUAUUGCAGACAUCUGCAGUUAAUGCCUCCUAGCUAUCAAAAGGCACUACACUAGCCAACACCACAUCAAAUAGGUCUCCAUAGCCACAGUUUGGACACAUAGAUUAGUUCAAAUUAUGUGCCUUGCCCAGGAGCAAAGAGUCUGUUCUGUUUCCCCUUUAUUGAGAGUGAAGGCUCACCAUGUUUUAAGGCUUAUUUGAAUGUAAUUGUAGUAUUGAGAAUGGACAGUAAAUAAGCAAGGGUCAAUGUGUUUUGUUGUGAGUGGAAAUCAAUAAUCGAUACAGAUCAGUAUAGGUACACUAUUUUACAUACUGAUGGAAAACUAAGAAAGGUCAUGUGUGGUGUGUUGACAUGGCCCUUAGGACUAAAAGCUAGACCACCCAGGUGAACAAAUACUGCAAAAAGUGGUUUCCAUAACAACACAACGUGGUCAAGGCAAAAUCCUUGCUACUUAUUUGCUGCCCAUACUUUUCUUUAUGUUAAAAUCAGCUCUCAGCCAGUUCAGUUUCUGGAUCUUUUUUAAAUGCUCAGUGGACACCUGGUAUCACAAACUGGGCAGAAAAGACAAGGGAAGCUGAUGAAGCAUGGUGACAAACCAUAGGCGACAGAUCAUCUCUUGCCUUUCUGUCUCUCCCGCCCUCCUCUCCUCUCCAGACAGGGUUGGGCCAAACAGCAGGUGGUGCAGAAGAGAAGCCCGGAUAUGGGAUUUACACAUUUCUGGCUCUCAGAUAUCUGCAAAACACAAGCAUGGAGGAGCAACAAAUCCCAAAUUUUAAAAACUCAGGUGUCACAGCAAUAGCGUCUCUGGCCAUCGCUUGCUGAAUAAAGAUGCACAUGGAUUUGGACAGACAAAUCAGAUGACUCACAAGAGGAGAAAGAAGUCCAUCCUCUGAUCUCAGGACCACUGUUUCUGAUUAUGUGAGUCAUCAGGUUACAAAGACCAAAGAGGGUUUUAAGACAUGGAGGCACUUCAGUUUCGUGUUAGGAAUCUAUUGGUAAAUGAACCUUGAUGUCAACAUGAGGUCAAAGAAACGGUAACCGUUUUGUUCCACUCACUUGCAUAGAUGAUUCACCCUUUAAAGAGACAUCACUGGGAACUAGCAGGGUCUAAUGAUGUAGCAGCUACAGGUGACUUAAAUGUGGCCUAUGAUUCAAGACAGUCCAACCACAGUCAGUAUGGAAGUGCAGACAACGUCUCUGGUCUGGAUAUAUGUUAAUGGUACAGAACAACUGAACACUUCAGAUGAGUACAACACAACGGAUUUGAUUGAAAACUCAGACAAAUACCAAUCUUAUAUCAUUGGUCUCUUCCUGUCCUGUCUGUACACCAUCCUCCUCUUUCCUAUUGGAUUUAUUGGUAACAUCUUAAUCCUGGUGGUGAACCUGAACCACAGAGAGAAGAUGACCAUUCCCGACCUUUACUUUGUUAACCUGGCUGUAGCUGACCUAAUCCUGGUGGCAGAUUCCCUCAUCGAGGUCUUCAAUCUGAAUGAGAAGUAUUAUGACUACGCUGUCCUCUGCACCUUCAUGUCCCUUUUCCUGCAGGUCAACAUGUACAGCAGCAUCUUCUUUCUCACAUGGAUGAGCAUUGACCGAUACAUUGCCUUGGCUAGCUCCAUAAGCAGCAGCCCGUUGAGGACUAUGCAGCAUGCCAAGCUCAGCUGUGGCCUCAUCUGGAUGGCUUCCAUCCUGGCCACCCUUCUACCCUUCACCAUUGUGCAGACCCAGCACAGGGGUGAGGUGCACUUCUGCUUCGCCAAUGUCUUUGAGAUUCAGUGGCUGGAGGUUACCAUUGGCUUUUUGGUGCCUUUCUCCAUCAUUGGUCUAUGCUACUCUCUGAUUGGGCGAAUCCUUAUGAGGGCCCAGAAGCACCGCGGAUUGUGGCCACGGCGGCAGAAGGCCCUGCUCAUGAUCGUGGUGGUGGUUCUGGUGUUCUUUAUCUGCUGGCUGCCAGAGAACGUCUUCAUCAGCAUCCAACUGCUGCAGGGCACAGCUGACCCGUCGCAGAGGACUGCUACCACCCUGUGGCAUGACUACCCACUCACAGGCCACAUUGUUAACCUGGCAGCUUUCUCCAACAGCUGCCUCAACCCUAUUAUCUACAGCUUUCUAGGAGAAACAUUCAGGGACAAGCUGCGUCUCUUCAUUAAGCAGAAGGCCAGCUGGUCAGUAGUGAACCGCUUCUGCCACCACGGCCUCGAUUUACACCUCCCUGUCAGGAGGGAAGUGUCCGUGGUGUGACUGUUAAGAAGAAGGACUUUUCUUAUGAAUCUAAGUCCACAGAAUAUGCUAAAAAUUCUUCACCCAGUGUGAAAUAUGACCUCAGCUUUCUUUAUCUGUUAUUUAGCUUUGCCUCGUAGUUGUACCAGUGUCUCAGUUAACCUGCUCACUUUCUGAACAAAAACACAAAAGCACCAAGGAUGUACACUCAAAGGAUGACAAUGACUUAAUAAGUGCAUCCCUUUAAGUAGAUAACACUGCACAUACAGUACUUAAAGCUAUAAUCAUGUUUAUCUGCAUGUUGGAUUGUUUGCUUUAAGUCUAUUUGGUGUGUUCUUUCUUCAAAAAGUUAGUUGGAUGGCAAGGCAGUCAACAGGAAACGAAAUGUGAGAAGCAAAAUGUCAGCUUCUACCCUUGAAGUAUACAGCCAGUGGGCAAAGAUAACUAACGAAUAGAUGAGUGCCAGAGGAGACCAGCCAUUGCGGAAUGAGACGUUUAAUGUUAUGUGAUCUAAAAUGCAAAUCUUCCAGAACAUUUUCUGGGUAUGUGGGAUAACCUGUAGAAAUAGGCUGCAUUACAGCAUGCAUAGAGGACAUAAUGCAUCAUGUUACAGCUAAUCAGGCUAUCCAUUUCAUCUGCAAAGAAUGGGUCAUUUUGGUUAAAACCUACUGUACUUUUAACUGUAUUAUGGAAAAAGGAAAACAUGCAUUUAUCAAGAAACUACCACAUCAACACCACCAUGAUAACCCAUGACAAAAUGACUGCAACAUAAAACAAGGCAAUAACUGUCCAGGACAUCACAGUUAGGGGGCGAAAUCAAAGACACAACAUGUAGCAGUGACUGUCCCUGUCGAUAUUACUGUACCCCUUGUUUUGUGCAUUCCAGCUAACAUUUCAUUUACUACUGUUGAAAGAAAAUAGUCUUAUGUAUAGUUAAACAUUCAUUGCACAAUUGCAGAA